GGGUGAAUUGCAGUCUGCAUCUUUGGAGGAGGAAACAACCACAUUAAUAAGAUUGCACAGAUCAGUGGAAUUAUUGCAGAAAAAUUGGAAGCAAGAUAAGUACCUAUUUGGCGGGGGGAAGGAAUAGCUGAAUAAAUUGUGGUAUAUGAAUGUAAUGAAAUACUGUCAAUACAAAAAAAGCAAAAAAUAUGAGAAUUUAUAGUAAUAUAGGAGAAAUGCAUAUCAGCUAAUGUAGAGUGAAAUAGCCAAAAGUACAGCAUACACAAUGACUACUUUAUGAUAAGUGUAAAUAACACUAGAAGUUGGCUUUAAUGGCAGUAACCAAGUUUGAUCCCAAAGAACAGAUGAUGAAACACAAUUCCCUUUCAGUAGUGAAGUACACAGCUACAAUCAGAUGUCAUUUUUUUGGUUGAAGCAUUUGAAAAGAGAAUUAACAAGCCAUUAACAACUGUAAGAAAGAAUGCCUCAGAUCACUAGUAAGACAAUGCACACCAAAACAACCUUGAGGUGAAAUCUUACACCUUGUAAAUUGGCAAAGAUGAAAGAAGAUGAGAAAGUCAAAAUUAGAGGCAUUGUGAGAAGAUAGGCACACUAGUGUGUGGUUGGUGGAGCUCUGAAUCAGUACAACCGUUUUGGAAAACAAUUUGGAAUUAUGCAAAUAAAUUGACUAAAACAAUUUCCCAAUAAAUGACUGUAAAAUUGAACUCUCUCGUAACAAAGACAGUUCAGGAAAAAUAACUGACAAAAAGAAUUACAACUUUUUUAAAAAUAAGUUUUUAUUGGUCUUUUUUUAUGUCACUAAAAUUUUCCCCUUUCAUUCCAAGUGUGCUAUCCCAUGACAACUAGUAUUUUUUAAAGACAAAAAAGAAAAAAAUCAGCAUAACUGAUCAACAUUUUGAAAAAGUCGGAAAAUAUGUGUAAUGUACAUUUGUGGACCCUCUCCCCCCACCUUUGUAAAGUUGUGUACUGUCAGCUAUGGAAAAGUCAAGCUAGUGCUGAAACACAACAGGUAUUUUGUUGAAAGCUCUCACCCAGAUGUCAUUAAAGAACUUCUCCAGGACCAGGUGAUUCGAGAAUGCCGCCUGAGGAAUGCUGAGGGAGAAGAAACUGAGCUCAUCACUGAGACCUUCACAAGCAAAUCUGCUAUUUCCAAAACCAGCGAAGGAGGCAGUGGACCCUCCACAUCACAAGGAACAGAUAGUCAAAAUAAAACAGAUGUCCCUGCAGACUUGUUUGAGUUUUAUGAGCAAAUGGACAAGGAUGAGGAGGAAGAGGAAGAAACACAGACUGUAUCUUUUGAAGUCAAACAGGAAAUGAUUGAGGAGCUUCAGAAGCGCUGCAUCCAUCUGGAAUAUCCAUUGCUGGCCGAAUAUGAUUUUCGGAAUGAUUCUGUCAACCCAGACAUCAAUAUAGACCUGAAACCCACAGCUGUCCUCAGACCCUAUCAGGAGAAAAGCCUACGGAAAAUGUUUGGGAAUGGACGUGCCAGGUCAGGGGUCAUUGUCCUCCCCUGUGGAGCUGGGAAAUCCUUGGUGGGUGUGACAGCUGCGUGCACUGUCCGGAAAAGGUGCCUGGUGCUUGGCAACUCAGCCGUGUCUGUGGAGCAGUGGAAGGCGCAGUUCAAAAUGUGGUCUACCAUUGAUGACAGCCAGAUCUGCCGGUUCACUUCAGAUGCCAAAGACAAGCCCAUUGGCUGCUCCAUCGCCAUCAGCACCUACUCCAUGCUGGGCCACACCACCAAGAGAUCCUGGGAGGCUGAGCGAGUCAUGGAAUGGCUCAAGACUCAGGAAUGGGGACUUAUGAUCCUAGAUGAAGUACACACCAUACCUGCCAAAAUGUUUCGACGAGUUCUCACCAUUGUGCAGGCUCACUGCAAGUUGGGUUUGACUGCUACCCUUGUCCGAGAAGAUGACAAAAUUGUGGACUUGAAUUUCUUGAUUGGACCCAAACUAUAUGAAGCCAAUUGGAUGGAACUUCAGAAUAAUGGCUAUAUUGCCAAAGUCCAGUGCGCUGAGGUUUGGUGCCCAAUGUCUCCUGAAUUUUAUAGGGAAUAUGUGGCAAUCAAAACCAAGAAACGGAUAUUACUGUAUACCAUGAACCCCAACAAAUUCAGAGCCUGCCAAUUUCUGAUCAAAUUCCACGAACGAAGAAAUGACAAGAUCAUCGUUUUUGCAGACAACGUCUUUGCCCUAAAGGAAUAUGCUAUCCGGCUGAACAAACCCUAUAUCUAUGGUCCUACAUCACAAGGAGAAAGGAUGCAGAUUCUGCAGAAUUUCAAGCAUAACCCAAAGAUCAACACUAUCUUCAUAUCCAAAGUAGGAGACACAUCAUUUGAUCUGCCUGAAGCAAAUGUUCUAAUUCAGAUAUCUUCUCAUGGUGGCUCCCGAAGACAGGAGGCACAAAGGUUGGGGAGAGUACUUCGAGCCAAGAAAGGAAUGGUUGCAGAGGAGUAUAAUGCCUUCUUCUACUCACUGGUAUCCCAGGAUACACAGGAAAUGGCAUAUUCAACCAAGCGGCAGAGGUUCCUGGUCGAUCAAGGUUAUAGUUUCAAGGUAAUUACAAAGCUUGCUGGUAUGGAGGAAGAAGAAUUAGCAUUUUCAUCUAAAGAGGAACAGCAGCAGCUUUUACAGAAGGUCCUGGCAGCCACUGACUUGGAUGCUGAGGAAGAAGUGGUAGCAGGAGAAUUUGGCUCCAGAUCCACUCAGGUGUCCCGUCGUUUUGGCACAAUGAGCUCCAUGUCAGGGGCAGAUGAUACUGUUUAUAUGGAAUACCAUUCUUCUCGAAGCAAGCCAUCUGUAAAUAAGCAUGUCCACCCACUUUUCAAACGCUUCAGAAAAUGAUGUCAACGUAAGCUACUUUCAAGGACUGUAUGUUUUGAGCAACUGCUUCAAAACAUUGAAGGAUGGAGCUGAUCCUUUGGAUUUCCAAAAGAAUGCUUUAUUUUCUGCUAGCAUUGGCUGAGUUGGUCCAGAUUAAAUAACCAACCUUAACCACACUGCGGAAGUGUUGUAAAUGCAGCAGGCUCUCGGUUACAACUUUGUGGUACUCCAAGAAUAAUAAAAGAAAAUUAUUUUUGUCUUUUCUAACCACUUUUCAAAUGCAAUUUGGAAAGAGGCUCUUGUGUGUAAAAAUUUGUAACAGUAUUAAAGUUUAUAUAUCUGAAGGUUCUACUAAGUGAACAUUAAACUUUACACGAAAAGUUAAAUGUCCUCUUUUCAUGAAAACUUUUGAUUCCCUAAUUUACUACUAGAGAUCUGUCACCUUAAGUGGGAGAUCUGUGCUUAUUUAUGCGUGAAUUAGAUCACAUAUAUACACGCCCGUGGAUGGAUAAAGCAAGAUAAUGGACUCUUUCCCCAAAACCAGAAGCUUUAUCCUAUUUGGGGGUCACUGGCUGUAUCUUGAAGAGGCAGAAGUGAGAGAGACCAGUCAGAUCUGGUGAUAGAGAAACAGCUCAAAACACAGGUUCCUAUUAGUAAUGAGUUAAUUGCAUCAUCUUCAAAUAUAUGAAGGACAUUUUUUCUCCAAAUGUCAAGAUAUACUCCUCCUGGCUCACAUGAUUUUUCUUUAAUAACCAUUUCCCCCAAUUUUUCUAAAUGGCCUUCCUUCUCAUAUUCUUAGUGGGAAAGAGGAAGCUAGGGAGGGAAAAAGCAAAAGGGUGGAAAAGCUUCCAAAAGUAAGCUAGGAAUAUAGCCCUAGUUCAAGGAAAAGCUUUUUAUCCUGGUUAAGUUUGGUUAACAGCCUAAGUGGCCUUUCUAUGUGUGUCUGUAUUUUAAUGGAGAACAGUGGGUGUCAUGUAUGCUUUUCAUAGCUUUGUAAAGUGAGAUCCUAUGUUAAA